AUGAGCACCAUUAGUACUCAGUCUCCAGUAGCGACUCCCACUUUGCCAAGAAGCAUUCCUCCGAAUCCUUUUGAUAUACACGAAGGAAUUCCAGAGGAACAAGAAUUCGAACAUAUUGCCGAAUUAAAGCGUUUGGCCGCUGAAAAAGCUAGACGUCAAACUAUUGGUACAAGUGGUGGAAUUGCACGCGGAACUACAGCUUCGUUGACUCAGAGCGCCUUAGGCAAAUACUCGACCGCAAUUGGAGAAGAAAUUCGUGCCCCAUCUCUUGUUGUUCAGGCAAGAGUUAAAGCCGCUGAUCAUCCAGUUGAUCAGGCACAACUUGUUCGUGAAUUAAAGGAAGAAGCCGAGCAACGUCGUCAAUUCGAACUUCAAACUCAAGGAUACGUUCCUCGUGCUGGACCAGCCGCUAAAGUUGAAGAAGCUGCUGAACAACUUGAAAAAGGAUUGAAAAUCGAAAAAGGUCAACUUCUUGAGCCGACAUCCCAACCGACAUCUGCUCAACCAAUGCAAGAGAUUCAUAAGUAUUCUGAAACUCAAAUCCCAGCUAAUCCAAAUUUUAUGCAUGCUCAAAAUAUGCAACAAGGUCAACAAAAUAUUCAAACUCCUCAACAAGUGGAUAUUGGUAAUCCUAAUGUGGUACAUGAAGGUAUUCCUGAAAAUCAAGAAUUUGAACAUCUCGCCCAAUUAAAAAAAGUUACAGUUGAACACGCUCGUGGUAUCAGUCCAAUUACACGUGGCAGCAAAGCUGCUGUGGCUCAAAGCGCUCUCGGAAAAUACGCCACUGCUAUUAGUGAAGAAACCCGUAUUCCGACUUUAAGUGUUCAAGGCUUAGUAGCUCCUGUGGAACACGAAAUCGACUUGGAAAAACUCAUUCAAAUGUUGAAGAAGGAAGUUCAACAUCGACAUGAAUUUGAAACUCAGAUGUUGGGUAGAGUACUUCCUAAUGGUCCAGCUGUAAAAGUUGGUGAAGCGGUUGAUCGUUUGGUACAAGUAUUAAAAAUGGAUCAAGUUGAUCCUGAACAACAGCCGCGAGAGUCACAACUACAACAGCCUCAGUUACAAUCGUCUCAACAACUACCAGGUGAUUCUGCAUCGCCCAGUGCUCAAUUGACAGCUGCCGGUGUUCCCGGUCUCUCACAACAAGCUGAUCAACAAGAAUUUGCCACACAACAACAAGUCACACCUCCUGCUUCACCAGCACAACAUGUUAGUGUUAGUAGUGGCGGACAAGGAAUCCAACAAUUUGGCGAAGGUACUCAAAUACCUUCAGGUCAGGAUAAACAAAGUGCUGCCGAACAAGAUGCUAAACACGAGGGAAUUUCUCAAUCUCAAAAAAAAUUAGAGAAUUUAACUGAAUCGAAAAAAAUCUCAAGUGGCAGUACGGAAGGGGCGGUACUCCCGCAAACCACCAUUCAGGGUGAUGCUAAUCGUGAAUAUACAGACGAAAGGUAG